AUGAUACCUCCUGGCCCAGCACUAAUCUUUCGUCUAGUCUUGCCCCAAAUCCUGUUUGUGUUUUGUGUCUAUGCAAUUAAAACCGCAAUCGAAAACCAAGGUCAUACAUUCCCAACAUCCACCAGAUGGCUGCUUUACGUCGGUGCAUUCUUUGCACGACCCCUUUGGAUGCUAUUUCUUGCCAGACCGUAUAUGAAUAUCCUUAACGCGCGCAGAGCGGCUGCAAAAGGUGCAGUCCUGCCCCCAUUGGUCGAAGAAAGUAGCUCGGAAGUGCUAGCUUCUGUUAUGCGAAGUUUUGGUAAUGGAUAUAUCGGUAAGCUCAAGUUCGUCUAUCACUUACCCGUACCCAUCUCGACCGUUGAUCCUAUACGGUUUAAAGGAGAGGCGUAUCUUGAAUGGGCACAAAAAUAUGGCAACACUUACAUGUAUCAAGCCUACACUGAAACUCGGGCGAUUCUUGCCACUCAAUUCAAUAAUUUUGAAAAAGGUCUUGUUAAUUAUCAACAGCUGAAAUCUCUUCUCGGUUCAGGAGUAUUCAAUUCGGAUGGUAAAUACUUUCAUAUGACUUCAAAGAACGGCACCGUUGACUGUGAAAUAAUAACAGGUGACAUGUGGAAAUUUCACAGAAAUAUGACUCGCCCUUUCUUCAGCAAGACCAGAAUCAGUGAUUUCGAUAUAUUCGAACGUCAUGCGGACAAUACUAUAUCUGCUAUGAAGCAACGUCUGGCACAAGGAUAUCCUAUAGAGUUUCAGGAUGCGAUUGGACGCUUUACUCUCGAUUCUGCAACUGAAUUUCUCUUCGGAAAAGAUGUCGGAUCCCUUGGUGCUGGACUUCCAUAUCCGAAAGGCGCGCCCAUUAUCCAAAAAGACUCAUCGACCUUCAAUCACCCGUCUAAUGUUUUUGUUCGUGCAUUUACCCAAGGACAGGACCAAGCUGCCCUACGCGGAAGGCGGGGAGAUAUGUGGCCUUUGGCCGAAUUUUGGUCAGACAAAGUCAAGGCUCAGCGGGCACACGUGGAUAAUUUUACAAACCCAAUUCUCCAAGAGAGGAGAAAUGAGCAAUUAGCAAGGGGUACGACAAGUCGAAGUAAAGAGAGCGACGAAGACGGGGAAGGCGAAACGUUCCUCGACCAUCUAAUUCGCUCUACAGACGAAAGGUUGAGGAAGGAGAUUCUAGAGUUCGUUGGGUCUAAUGCUCGCCCCACAUACAAGAAUAUUGCGGAUAUGAAAUAUCUUCGAGCGUUCCUAAAUGGUUUGACAUUCAGAGCUUGGAAGUCUCAUAUACUUAUGAAGUUCAAUCCAGAAACUCUUCGCCUUUACCCCGCAGUACCCUUCAAUUCCAGAUAUUCCAAAACAUCUAUCGUUCUUCCUGCGAAAAACGGUCAACCGCCUUUAUACAUACCCGCAGGUGUCAAUGUAUUCCUGAUGCAUCGCCGAGAGGACUUGUGGGGUCCUGAUUCGCUGGAAUUCGAUCCCGACCGUUUCAUUGAUGAUAGAGCACAACGAUAUCUGAUUCCAAAUCCUUUCAUAUUCGCUGCAUUCAAUGCUGGGCCGAGAAUAUGUAUCGGUCAACAGGUGGAUUGGGCUGUCCAACCGGAGUCUUCAAGACCUCCUGCAGAAUGGGAACCCCUUCCUGGAACAACGAAAGGUAGAGAGAAGGAUGGCUUAUGGGUCAAGAUGCAGGAACGAGAACUUAAAGUAUGA